AGCAUCAAAGAAAAGGUUUUGCAUUUAAUUUCGGUAACCAGAUUAAGAUCAAAGAUGACAUUAACUCCAGCAAGGCCGCUGGCUUUUUUCUGUUCAAUGAUUCUGUUACUAGUUGUUAAUGUUGAUGCUGGUGGAAUUGCUAUUUACUGGGGUCAAAACGGAAAUGAGGGUACCUUGGCAGAGACUUGUGCCACGGGUAACUAUGAUUUUGUUAACAUAGCUUUUCUUCCGACGUUCGGCAAUGGUCAGACUCCGAUGAUCAACCUUGCCGGUCACUGCGAUCCCUACAGCGACGGCUGCACUGGUUUAAGUUCCGACAUUAAAUCCUGCCAAGCAAAAGGCAUAAAGGUAAUGCUUUCAAUCGGAGGAGGUGCAGGAAGCUACUACCUUACCUCAGCUGAAGAUGCAAGGCAGGUGGCUAUUUAUCUUUGGAACAACUUCUUAGGGGGAACAUCGUCUUCUCGACCACUAGGUGAUGCCAUCUUAGAUGGAAUCGACUUUGAUAUCGAAGGAGGAACGAACCAACAUUGGGACGACCUUGCAAAGUACCUUUCAGGAUACAGCAAAAGAGGUAAGAAAGUGUAUUUAACCGCUGCUCCUCAAUGCCCUUUCCCUGAUGCUUGGGUCGGCGGUGCCUUGAAAACUGGUCUAUUUGACAAUGUUUGGGUUCAAUUCUAUAAUAAUCCACCAUGCCAAUACACAUCUGGAAGCAUUGGAAAUCUAGAAGAUGCAUGGAAGCAAUGGACUACAGACAUUCCUGCAACUAAUAUUUUCUUAGGACUUCCAGCAGCCCCAACAGCAGCCGGAAGUGGGUUCAUUCCAGUAGCCGAUCUUACAUCGAAAGUGCUCCCCACUAUCAAAGGGUCUGCCAAGUAUGGAGGUGUGAUGCUUUGGUCGAAGUACUAUGAUGACCAAACUGGAUACAGUUCUUCCAUCAAAGGCAAUGUUUAAAUUUCAUUGUAUGUCAAAUCUUGUAAGUGUGCUAUGAAUUUUAUGGAAUAAUAAUA